AUGGGAGAGUGGGAGGAAGGGGAUACUUGGAAACAAUCACCUGCCCCCACCUCCGUCAGACGUCUGGGGGAUUUGCAUUCCCUUCUGCUGACCCAGCCCUCUCUCUGCUUUGCUCCUGCAGUGUGCCGGGACUUUGCCAUCUUGGAGGAUCACACCUUGGCCCACAACCUGCAAGAACAAGAGAUCGAGCACCACUUGGCCACCAACAUCCAGCGGAACCGCCUGGUCCAGUACGACUUGCAGGUGGCGAAGCAGCUUCAGGAGGAAGAGAACCGCAAGGCGCACGGCCGCAUCCAGAAACGCCACAAAAACAUAGAGCAGCAGGACUGCGAGAUCGCUCAGGAAAUCCAAGUCAAGCUGGUCAUCGAAGCGGAGCAGAAGCGGCGGCAGGAAGAGGACGAUGAGGAUAUUGCACGGAUUCUCCAGCAGAAGGAACUCCAGGAAGAAAAGAGGAGGAAGAAGCCGCCCCCAUCUGCAGAGCCUUUGAGGCGCAGCCCUUACGAAGACGGUUACUAUCAAGACAGCAGAGGCCCAAGACCGAAAGGAACGAAAGAAGCCCCUUACCAGAAGCCCCGUGUGGCUGGGCAGGGCCUGGAGCUCUACGAUGCGGAGAUGGCCCGGAAGAUGCAGGAGGAAGAGUUGUUGGCCAGCCACGUGGACAAGCGGGCAGCCCAGGUCGCCCAGGACGAGGAAAUCGCUCGCCUCUUGAUGGCAGAGGAAAAGGCGGCUUACAGAAAAGCCAAGGAGCGAGAAAAGUCGUCUUUGGACAAAAGGAGGCAGGACCAAGACUGGAAGCACGACACGCAUGAAUUGGUGCCCCCACGGUCCAGAGAAGGUUCCGAAGGUCACAGACACAGGAGUGACAAACCAACACGGUAAGAGGUGAAGG